GUUAGCUUUAGAUGUAACACCUGAGGGAACAUUGUAAGCUUUUUGCAUUCAGUCAUACAUGUUUGAGCCUCAGUCAGACCCGGACGAGGAUGAGGACUCUCUUGUGCUCCAAAAUCAGAAUGAUGAACUGAAAGGAAGAAAAGCCCCGAUAAACACGCCGCAAAGUUCUGCAAAGUUUCACAAAGUAAAAAAGGAAAUGCCAGCUGAGGAGACACUGCCGGGCUUCAGGCGGUGGAAGUCGCAUGCCAGAGGGACCAUACGAAGGCUGGGGUCACAUGAGCCCAACAGACAUCCUUUUCCCCACUGGUCAUGGCGAGGUAGUACCAGACUCAGCCAGACACAAUCAAUAGACCUCCAGGUUAAAGUGACCACCUGCUCCUCUGGCGUCAGCAUCCUCCGCAGGCGGCACGGUGCGGAUCGAUACGGCAGUAAAAUGUUCAAAGUGGGAUAUUUUGGGAAAAGCUCGACAUGCACGGAGACAGAAACGCGAUCACCGGGCUGAGUGUCUCGACGGGGGACAAGCAUGAAACCUGACAUCAAAUCUAACGUCAAGCUCCUAGGAGCCAGUGCAGCUGGCAGAACCACACCUGAGACCUGAACGCCAGAAUGACCUCAGCACAUCCUUAACACUGUCCCACCAUCAGGUGCAGCAGGUGGAAACCAUAGCAACAGACGUGUGUGUCCUGAGGAUGCCUCUCUGUUUUAUCAAGGUUGCAUCAGAGACUGAAGCAUUAUCCAAGAAUGAGCUUCUGUUAAGUGGAAGGAAGACAGGCUGUACCAUGGAUAUUGCCAUGGAACACCAACUGCUGGAGGAGAAAUUAAUGUGUAUACCACAACAGUAAUCAAGCAUGGACCUUCUUUUGGGCUGACGUCCCCUGACAAUAGCUGCUAUGGCUUUUUGUAAUGAAAGCCUGCUGGAGGAGUGCAGCUUCAUGGGGCCGGACAAUGCAGAGGACACAGCUGAAAGUCUCCCGUCAGAGGCUGCAGCUCCCCUCAUAUCAGUCACUUUACGCGUGACCCUGGCAGCCAUAAUGAUCUUCAUGAUUACUAUUGGUUUCCUCGGGAACGCCAUUGUGUGUCUGAUUGUUUACCAGAAACCUGCCAUGCGCUCCGCUAUCAAUCUCCUCCUCGCCACGUUGGCCUUUUCGGACAUAAUGCUCUCUUUACUCUGCAUGCCCUUCACUGCAGUCACCGUGGCCACCGCCGACUGGAGCUUUGGGAGCGGGUUCUGCCGAGCGUCCAUCAUGCUGUACUGGCUUUUUGUCCUAGAGGGGGUGUCCAUACUCCUCAUAAUCAGCGUGGACCGCUUCCUCAUCAUUGUGCAGCGGCAGGACAAGUUGACGCCACACAGAGCUAAACUGUUGAUUGCAGGUUCAUGGGUGCUGAGCCUGUGUGUGUCUCUGCCGUCUGUCGUCGGGUGGAGGACAGGUGCAGCAAGUGUUGGGGGCGCCUGGGCGCCGCAGUGUGUGCUGGGAUACAGUGACUCUCUGGCAGACCGUGGGUACACAGUGCUGCUGGCAGUAGCAGUAUUCUUUGUACCAUUUGCUGUCAUGCUGUACUCUUACAUGUGCAUCCUCAACACAGUGCGCCGCAACACCCUGCGCAUCCACAACCACACCAGCGAGCAUUCCUGCCUGCCAGCACUCAACCAGGUCAGCAAAAUGAGACUCACGGGGCUGCAGCGGCCCCCUCAGAUCAAAGUGGACAUGAGCUUCAAGACCCGAGCCUUCACCACCAUCCUCAUCCUCUUUGUCGGCUUCUCUGUGUGCUGGCUGCCGCACACGGUAGUCAGCUUGCUGGCCGUUUUCAGCCGACAAUUCUACUACAGCUCGGUCUUCUACCCAAUCAGCAUAGGUGCCCUUUGGCUCAGCUACCUGAAGACGGUCUUCAACCCCGUCAUCUACUGUUGGAGGAUCAGAAAGUUCAGGGAGGCCUGUCAGGAGUUUAUCCCCAAGAGCUGCAGACUGUGUCCCAGAGUGCCGGGCCGGAGCCGCAGGAGAGUGAGGCCCAGCAACAUCUACGUGUGCAGCGAGACUCAGUCAGCUGUGUGAAACAAGAAGUUGUUGAUGCACAAACCAGCAGCUGUUGACACUCCUAUCAGCUGUUUUUAACUCUUUACUUUUUGUCAUAAUAAGCAAUCAGACUAAACUAAAGUUCACCUUCAGACAAUAUACUGGACAUUGACAAAAUAAUCGCACCACAAGCAUGAACUUUCAAUGUCAACUUUUUAAGCCAGCAUCGGUGAGAAAUCCUUAAAGUGCUCAGAGAAAUUAAAUGUGAGCAUCGGCAAUUCCAUGACAACUGGAAUUGCCGAUGCAAGGAAGUUCAUGUGACACAAUCGACUGCUAAUGAAUGGACCUUGUGGUAAGAUUAUUGUGUCUGCUGCUUUCAGUCUCAAGAUAUACCAGAUGAUUUAACUUAAGCCCCUUUUACACUGCCUGUUCAAGGUGGGAAUGCCAUUGUUAUUCCUUACCCAUAAAAGGUACGAUCACGAAAUGGGGGGCAGAGUUGUCUCGCCCUUCAGCCGGCAGCAGAGGUAGUAACAGUGCUGACAGUGUAAAAUGGACAGCAGGCAGGAGAGGAUGGGCGUGACGUGUUGUGUGGAACCAGGAAAUAAAAAACCCCAGUGAGGAGCAGUUAGUGGCAAACUCAAACAAACAGAACAGCAACCAAAAAUGUCUGCAAAUUGGGGAAACAGUGAGGUCCAGGAGGUCCUUACCUUCCACACUACAGGCCAACACAGUUGUGUCACAGUACGUGUCCACAGGAUCCGUCUAUGUAAGCAGCGGUGCAAUGCAUUCUGGUUUUGAGAGACAGGGCGUCCAGUCUUCUUUAGCAUAAAUGAAUGUAGGCUACUUUAUGGAAAUCAGGAGUUAUCAUAUCAUAUAACCAUGAGGCGGUAAUUGUGGUAGUAACUUAAAAGAAAGUUGCCAUGUUGGUUUGGUUUAAAAUCUGGGAGCAGACAGCCUCGUGGCACACACAAUGCUGGGAGGCAGCGCCCCUGCACGUGUUAGGACGCCCCUGUGGACACAUACUGUUAUACAUCACUGCCUUCAUGCCUCUUUUAAUUCUGGAAUGCUGGCAUUGCUAUCUAAAAUCACACACCUGGUUUUAUAUAAACAAAGAAAGCCAGUGUGAUGACGGGUCUUUGUUGCGGCCCUGUUGCGGGAUCUCUACGUAAAAAGGGCUUUAGUUGUCAUUUAGUUUUCUGAAACUUACCGCCAUCCAAACAAUUUCACAUUCUGCAUUUUCAAUUUCCUGCUCUGUUUCAUAAUUUGUCUGUAAAGUGUUUCAUCAUUGUCUCAGUUUCUUCAGACUGUAGAAUUGAUCUUCAGGCUUUGAGUAAUAGUGGUGAUAAUAAUAAUUAUUAUUAUUCUAUUGUCAGUUAUGUGAUGAGAUUCACAAAAAAGCAUACAUGGUAUCAGUGUUGAGAGGAAAGUCUGUAAGAUUUCAACUGACGUCGUAAAGAAAUAUAUAUUUUAAUGAAAUUUGUGCAGAAACACAACUUUGAAACUUAUUUAAAACCACGAGUGUGUCAACAAAGACCUGUGUCAGUUAUUGAGCUGUGAAUGUUUACUUGAAUGUAUUGUCUUUUCAUGAUAUAACAAAACCAGGUAAAAUAAAUACAGUUUU